AUGGGAAGGCUAUCGAUCCGUCUAGCCAUGGGGCUAGCUCUGGCUGGCGUCGUACAUUUCACGAUGCAGCCGAGCGUUGAGUUCCCGUUGCCCACGGGGCAGUUAUUCGCCGUAUCGACCGAGGCCAAUCAGGCCACCUUCGAUCUGCCCUUCGAUGGCGCGAAGGAGCAGUACCUGCUGGUCGUGAGCAAUGUGGCGAGCGAACUCGAACCGCGUAACGUUUCGCUGGACAUUGCAUCCAUCGAAGAAGCCACGCGAAUGCCCUUUCGUCAGGUAGCGUCGCUCGACCCAACGCCGUUGCCUUCGGACCCCAACUUCUAUGCUUCGCUGGAAGAGACGAACGAGGCGUUCGGUCCUCAAGAUGAAAACGUCUGCCGCAAAUUCUGGGUGCAUGUGGGCGGUAGUGAGAGCGAGAACCCGGCGUCAUAUCGGGAGAUUAACGCCGAGUUACAAGCUCAAGGCCCACAUAUUCGAGUGUUUGUCGAUCGCGACGACCGUCUGCCGCAAGAAACGGCCGAGACGAUUGUGGAGUUGUUCGAAAACUCGAUUCGCCCCACGGCCGCAGAAAAAAUGGGACUGCCCCAUGAUGUUGAUGGGGACGGAACCUUCGCUGUGCUGGUUACCGGGUGGCUUGGAAAGCUUGAUGCCGGCACGGUGUCGCUGGGUGGAAUGGUCAACCCGAACGAUUAUGACAGUGCUCUCGAGAAGCCUUAUUCCAAUCACGCCGACGUGCUGUAUUUGAACUCGAAUGUCCGCCCGGGCCGGCACCUGGCCACCUUGAUGGCGCACGAGUUCGCGCACGCCAUCUCGAGUAGUGGACGUCAGCAGCACCGUACGCUGUUGUUUGCAGGAGGGAGCGAGGAGUCGUGGCUCAGUGAGGCCAUCUCGCACGUGGCCGAGAACUUGGAGAGCGACAACUGGACGAACCUCGAUCACCGCGUGGCCCGCUUCCUGCAGACGCCGGAAGAAACACCGCUGGUGGUGCCGAACUAUCGUUCGGCCGGGCUGUGGCGGGCUGCCGGGCCGCGAGGGAGCACCUAUCUGUUCUUGCGGUGGUGUGUCGAUCAUUACGGUACCGGCUUGCUGCCGGCGUUGAUCUAUUCGGGCCGCAGUGGAGUGGCCAAUCUCGAGGCGGCCACCGGCGAGCCAUUUGACGAGUUGUAUCGCCGGUUCGCAGCCGACUUGUUCCUGCGAACGAUUGAAACCUCCGACGGUUCUUCUUGCUGUGCCACGUGUGUGAACCUGCCGCGGAUCGAUUUGGCCAGCCCAUUGGGUGAAUGGGGUUUGGCGGGUCCGCGUUACGAAUCGCUGGAAGUGGAUAACUCGGUUGCGACCGACUUGCAGCUUUGUGGGACCACGUCGCGAUACUUCGUGGUUUCUGCCAACGGAGCCGGACCGCGACGGAUUCGCAUCGCCGCCGAGUUGGGCUCGCAGUUGCAGGUGACCGUGGUGCGGCUGCCCGACGAGUUGCCCCGGCUGCGGUUGAAGACGCUACCGACCGAUCCCGGUAAGUGGAAGUUGGCAUUGAGCGAAUCGUCGGGGACCCCGCUGGAAUUGUGCCACGUGGCUUGGGAAGACUUGGGCGACUCGCCUGUGGAUCCUUCUCCGCAAUGCCUGGCCGACGAUGAGCUUUCGACGAUGUUCGACGACGCCUGUGUGCCUGGGGGCGGGGAAUUGGUCGGGCGGCCGCUGCAAGCACCGCGACAUCUGAGCCAGCCAGUGAGUGUUCGCGUGGUGGCUCGCGACCCACAGGGGCGUCGCCGACGCCGGAGCGGGUGUGUUGCGACGUUGACGAUUCCUGUCAUUUGUCGCAAUGAGAGUUAUCCGGUGAGCGAACCGCUGAUCACGCUGACCACCGACUUCGGCGAGGGCUCGGCCUAUGUGGCGGCCAUGAAGGGGGUGAUCUACUCGAUUUGCCCCAACGCUCGCGUGGUCGAUAUCUCCCACCGUGUGCCACCGCAAGAUGUUCGCCUGGCGGCACUCAUGCACGAAGACGCCACGCCUUGGUUUCCGCCGGGCACAAUUCAUGUGGCGGUCAUCGACCCGGGGGGCGGCACGAAGAGGGGAAUCGUCUUCGCCGAGAUUGGGCAGCAGCGGUAUGUGUGCCCCGACAAUGGUUUGUUGAGCCGGUUGGUGCUGCGCGAGCCGGCCACGCAGCUUCGGGCGGUUGAGAACCCCAAGUAUUGGUUGCCUGAGGUUUCGGCCACGUUUCACGGCCGCGACAUCAUGGGCCCAGUGGCGGCGUGGGUGGCUGGGGGUGUUGAUCCGGCUGAGUUAGGCCCGGAGUUGGGUGAGCUUCAGACACUGGAGUGGCCGGAACCGGAGGUCUCUGCAAAUGAGGUGCAGGGCGUGGUGCUGGUUGUCGACCCGUUCGGGAAUUUGAUUUCGAAUAUCACGGCCGCAUGUUUGCCGGAAAAGCCGUUGGAGUCGCUACGGGUUUCUUGUGGUGGGCAGAUGCUGGACGGGGUGGUGCGAACCUAUGGUGAGCGACCGGCGGGGACGUUGGUUGCUUUGUUCGGUUCGACCGGUCGUUUGGAAGUGGCGGUGGUGGAUGGGAGUGCGGCGGCGGAGCUUGGGGUGCGGGUUCUUGGGAAGGCCUCCGGUUACCUGCACAAGGUGAGGCCACCAGCACCGCUGGGCGAGCCAGCGGUGGCACCCACGGGGAUUCGAGUCUCGUGA